AUGGGCUACCUGUAUCUGCGUCGAGGUAGCAGGCAGAGGGUGGUCCUACUAGCCAUCGGCAUUCUGGUAUCAUUCGGGCUGAUAAUGCACACUUGGCCAUUUUAUUCCUCAUCGACUAGGUUCAAAUCGUCCUUCUCGACUUUGCCAAUAGAGCGGGCGGGAAAUACAUCGGAGCUAAUGCAUCAUCUAUGGGAGCCUUUUCUUCACGACAUCAAUGCUACUCACUUUGUCACGAGAGAAGGUUACCAGUACACGAUCGGAGAGAGAAAUCAUCGCUGGAGGGAGCCUUUGAAGAAGAAGUUGCUCAUUCUGGACGUGGACACUCGGCUUGACACAGGCGCUGGCACCCUCUUGAACAAAUCACCAUUAAACCCCAGCGAACUGACAGGGAGGUCGGGUGGGAUGAUGAACCACUAUCUCUACGCUAUGAUCCACGGUUAUGACUAUCAGUUCAUUCGAGCUCCCAACUAUUACAAACGACAUGGAACAUGGGUAAAGGUCCCUAUGAUCAAGCAGGCACUUGGGACUUAUGAAACUGUUGUCUUUCUCGAUACGGAUGCUGUCUUUGUGUAUCCUGAGAUUCCCUUUGAAUGGUUGAUGAGUCUGUGGAACAUUACGGAUGAGACCCUAGUCGCCAUGUCCAACGACCCAGAUAGUCCGAGAAAUCGUGAUGGAAAAGGUUUGGUGAUGAUGAACACAGGCUUCAUCAUUGCUCGACAAAGCACCCGAACUCUGAGCCUCUUCCACGAUUGGAAUCAGUGCCCGACCGAGACGAAAUAUGAAGGUUGUAAAAGGUGGAUGAAGGAUUGGGCACACGAGCAAGCAGCCUUCUCCAACCAUGUCCGCUACGACUAUUCGACAGAUGACGUACGCGCGAUUCCACGCAAGGACGGAAAUGGAGGUGACGGGGUAUUUAUUCGUCAUAAUUGGUUCCAUAAGGAUUCUCCUGCGAAAGAUUUGCGUCAGCUACUUCUUGAUAUACUGGUGAAACGGAUACAGGCAGGUUUUCAUCAUGACUUGGAUAAUUUCCUAGACGCAAGUCAUUAUACUCAUCGGUUUAAUAAACUUGAUAGCAUGUAG